AAUUCUCACUUGCCAAAGGAGAAACCAACACUAUCGGCCCACGUGCUUAAGAUUUCACCUCCAAAUUCCCAAAACCGUGGCGGGAAUUAAAUUAUUUCCAUGUCCCGCCAAACAGAGCCCUAGCUUUUGAGCCAUUUUUUCAAAACCCUUGCAGUACAUAAUAAAACCCCAACCCACAACCCCCUUCCCCUCAAGUUUCCCACUCUUUCCUUUCAAAUCCCUCCGGCACCUCUAGUCCUAACCCUAGCUCUAACUUUCUGCAGAAGCAGAUCAGAAGAAGAAGAAGAAGAAGAAAUGUUGGAACUGAGGCUUGUUCAGGGCAGUCUCCUGAAGAAGGUCCUAGACGCAAUCAAGGACCUGGUGAACGAUGCCAACUUCGAUUGCUCGGCCACUGGGUUCUCUCUCCAGGCCAUGGAUUCUAGUCACGUGGCGCUGGUGGCUCUCCUCCUCAGAUCGGAGGGCUUCGAGCACUACCGCUGCGAUCGCAACAUCUCCAUGGGCAUGAACCUCAACAACAUGUCCAAGUUACUAAAGUGCGCCGGUAACGACGAUAUCAUCACCAUCAAGGCCGAUGAUGGCAGCGAUACUGUCACCUUCAUGUUUGAAAGUCCUAGUCAAGAUAAAAUUUCAGAUUUUGAGAUGAAGCUGAUGGACAUUGAUAGCGAGCAUCUUGGGAUUCCUGAAGCAGAGUACCAUGCAAUUGUCAGGAUGCCUUCCGCUGAGUUUGCUAGGAUCUGCAAGGAUCUCAGCAGUAUUGGUGAUACUGUUGUGAUUUCUGUAACAAAGGAAGGUGUGAAGUUCUCCACAAGAGGGGAUAUUGGAAAUGCAAAUAUUGUCUGUAGGCAAAACACUACAGUGGACAAGCCAGAAGAAGCUACAAUCAUAGAGAUGAAUGAGCCUGUGUCCUUAACAUUUGCAUUGAGGUACAUGAAUUCCUUCACAAAGGCAACUCCAUUGUCUAACACAGUUACAAUCAGCUUGUCCUCAGAGCUGCCUGUUGUGGUUGAGUACAAGAUUGCAGAGAUGGGUUACAUCAGAUUCUAUUUGGCUCCUAAAAUAGAAGAGGAUGAUGAAGAGACUAAGCCUCAGGUUUAAAUGUCGCAGAUUUUUAAUCUGACCUUGAAGCCCUAUGUCCAGUUCUGCUUUGAAGCAAUUUUAUGAUCUGAAAUUUUCAAUGUAAUGUUGUUUCUCGUACAUUUUUAUCUGAGCCGUCCACACUUCUUAGGAAUGCAAUUAUUAGUUCAGGACUCUUUACAUUGGGUUUUCAAGUGUUGUGCUUAACUUGGUGAUUGUACUCGUUAUUUUUUAGGAAAAAAUAUAUGCUUGUAUUUUCUUAAAAAAAAGAAAAAAGUUUUGCUGUGUAUUUAAUUAAGUUCAUUUAUUUAAAAUUUGGUAGAAGUUUGGCCUGUAUAGUUUUUGUUUCUUUUAAUACCAUUGAGUUUGAUGGACU